GCGCGAGCCGGCGCGUCCGCCUCAUCCUGCCGCAGCGGGGAACAUGGCGGCCGCCGCCGCGCUAGUGCGGCAAAGCGACUCGGCUGCGGCCGCCCCCGCCGGGAAACCUUGAAUCCUGUACCAAAAGUGACAAUUUGUUACAUAAAGAAACAUUAAUGAGAAAAAGGAAUAUACAAAUAAAUUUGCAGCUGAAUUUCACAAAAUGAACUUGGCCUAUUAUGGAAAUUGACUGAAAGAAGGCCAGAACACUUCAGUGAGUUAGAUUGUUUUGAUGUGGAAUUGGAUCUCACAGCUUGAUGCAAAUAAAACAAAUAAAGCUUCCUGCACUACUACUGUUCCUACAUUUUGACCAUGGCAGCUUUAGCUUUAGACUGUAAGCAAAAGAAGUCAAGAUCAAGAUCUGGAAGCAAGAAAAAAAUGCUGCCAUUACCUCAUAGUGCUGAUGAAGUUUACAUACUCCGAUGCAGGUUUUGUGGUCUGGUCUUCCGUGGACCUUUGUCUGUUCAGGAAGACUGGAUAAAGCACUUGCAGCGACACAUUGUCAAUGCAAAUCUUCCACGAACUGGAGCUGGCAUGGUUGAAGUCACAUCACUACUUAAAAAGCCUGCCUCAAUUACUGAAACUUCAUUUUCUUUACUGAUGGCAGAGGCAGCAUCAUAGAACAAACAUUUUAAAUUUGAAUUGGGUGUAAAUUUGAAAUACUUUGUCAUUUUUUUUAAAGUUGCUACACUAAAUUAUGUUUAUAAAUCCUGAAGCCAGAAAGAUAGGGAAGGUGAAUUACAGUAACAUCAAAAUAAAUUGAGUACUUAACAGUUACAGUAAGUAGUCUUUAUAUUUUAUAUAGGGUGAAAGAUGUGUUUUUAAGGUUUACUAUGUUUUUGUCAGUUACUGUGUUCACUUAUCAAUACAAAACCAUUACAUGUAAAGCAGCCAUUUUUAAAUUGUUGCACAUGGGUACUUAAAGACAGAUUUUAUUAAAAAAAUGAAAAUAAAACAAAACCAUGUUCUCAGCAGUGUUACCAGAAUCAAGGCUCUGUUUAUUCCAAAAAGACUUGCAUAGUAAAAUAAGAUAUUAUUAUAUUUUGUUUGUAUGUAUGUAGUGUUUUGUAUAAUACCAAGAACUGCUAAUACAAUUUACUCAAUUUAGGGCAUUAAAUAUCAUGUACUUCAUAGUUCAAAAGACUGUUUCAUUCAAAUAGGGCAAUUAGUACUAUUCUAUCUAGGUGUGUAAGUGUUUUUUUUUUUUAAAUCACAUGAAGCUUUUUUGUACUAAAAAGUGGAGGGAAACUUGUUUAAACAAAUAUUUCUAAGAGAAAUAUGUACAUAGUACUGGAAAUUAUUUGUGGUAAGGAAAUAUUCUUUACUUCAGUUGCAUUUCUCACUGACAAUAAAGCGGUGCAUCUAUGCUACCUCCUACUUGUCAACAAAGAUGGUAUUUACCCUUACAUCUGUAUCAUAGAUUCAAAUCUAACUUCCUUUAUUGCGAAGCAUCUUUUUGUUAACACGUUUGUUUCUUUAUGAAAGUCUGACUUGCUUACAGAACAGUUUGCCUCUGCUACUUUAUUUAACACUGUAGAAAUGUACUAAUAAGCAUUGCUCACUACACGGUUUAGACUAGACCUUUUCAUUUAUAAUUCUGUUUAAAAAAAUUAUCAUUUUAGCAAAUUUGACCACCAAUUGAAAUGUUUCUACAUAUGAAGAGAAUGUUUACAAUUUAAAUUUUAGAACUUGUUUUGGAUGUGAUUAAUAUGUAUGAAACUGUGUAACACUAUGCUCAUGCUAAGGACCUACUUACGGAGUUACUGAAAUAAAUGUGCUGUGAGGAUGGAAAAUAUGGUGCAGGUGUCUUGGUCAUGAUAAAUUUGUGUUUGUUCAUUUAGCCUGUCUUCAAACAUGAUUUAAUUUUUAAUCAGUAAAUCAAAUUCCUCUCUGAAUCAGUUUUGUAUGCAAGUAACAUUUCAUUUUAUUCAUGUAGGGUAAUUAAUACUGUAGUUAAGCCAAGGAUAUGCAUUGAUAUUUUCUGUAUAUGUAAAUAAAGUUAAAAGCAGUUAAAACAAGAGGAGUAUUUUGGUAGAGUAUAUACAUACCUCACUGCCAGUGAAAUUGCUUUCCUAUGGUAUAUCUCCUUACCAGAAAAAUCUCUAAAUAAAAAGGUUUAAAGAAAA